GAUGUGCGGAUAGCUCUACAGAGCCGCCCGCCCCUUACAGAAGCUGCGGACGAUGUUAAAUUGCAGGCAGUGCAAUUUUCCCCGAACGUGUUAAUAGCAAAUGCUUGGCUGCUUUAUAUAGGGCGCUAUAUUACGUGGUAUGUUUUUACUCUUUUGCCUUUAAAUGGUGAUUUCAAAUCUGCCGUGGACCCCGCGUAUUGAGUUAAAUUAUUUCUACGUUACAUUAUUUGCAUGCUUUUAUUUUGUACGUGCAAAGCUGCAAUGUAAAUCUGCUCAUGGUUGCCGUGGACUGAGCCACCUUAGAUAACGAGGGAUUAAUACAAUCCCAGCCACCCACUCUUUCUCUCUCUCACUCUCCCACUCUCUCUAUUUGCAGCUCUCCCUGGUAGAAGGGAAAGCGACAACAAGAGAGAGAGAGACGUGAGGGAGGCAGGCAGCCUUAGCGGCAGGCGAAAGAGGCAGGACAGAGAGACAGAGACCAAAGGCGAGGAGAGAGAGAGAGGGAGUGGAGGAGAAAGACGCGACGUUGGCGAGACGGACGUGGAACGAGGAUGGAGAAACGAGCGACCGUCCGUGCUGCCGAUGGGGACGGCGCGGCGAGAACAAAGAGCGAUCCGGGGGGAGGAGCGGCCGCUCAAUGCAAACACUCGGCACCGAAGAGUCGGGUCACCAAGACGGGGCGCAAAGCCACCCGGCAGACGGCGGCCGCAGAGUCGGGCCAGACGGCGAAGUCCUUCUCGUCCCAAGCCAAGGCAGCAAUGUUCCAGUGCCACAAGAAGACCGGAGGAGCAUCGUCCCCUGCGGGACAGGCGCCCGGAGGAGCGCCCACCCGAGCCACUGCGGCGUCGGCGUCGUCCCAUGCGGCGUCGUCCCACACGGCGCUCUUCCACCUGCCCAGCUUCUCCCGGGGCAGCGGCUCGCACGGCCCCUCGCGCAAAGCCACGGUCCCGGUCCCGGCCGCGGCGACCACCACGCCCGCAGCAGCCGGCGCGCACAGGUCUGGCCCGGCGCUUAAAGUGGCGUGGAAAAGCGGCUCGCACGGCAGGGAGCAUGGCGGCAAGGAGGGCAGCACGACCCCCACACAGACGGCCACAUCCCAUCAGCAUUCGAUGAAGACGCCGGGCUACCUGUCGAACCCCGCCGGGCGUGAGGAGCUCAAGCGCGUGCUGGAGAAAGCGGCACAGAGGCUGGAGAGAAAGACAAUGCUGUCUGCAUUUGGUGAAGUGUCAUCAUUGAAGUCAAACACUGGGCUGUCCUCGGGCACCAAGGAGGGUCUGGCGUCACACGCUCUGGAGAGAAAGGACGCGGACGCCGAGGACAAGGAGAACGUCGCCCUGGAGGCCGACACAGACACCAGCUCGGUGUUCGACGGUGAAACCGAGGAGGAGGAGGACGAGGACGAUGAGGGAACUUUGGCGAACACGGGGCGGCGCGACUCGCUGGCGCUCAAAAUCCGCAACCGUCCAUCGGCGCGCGAGCUGGAGGACAAGAACAUCCUGCCGCGGCAGACGGAGCAGGAGCGCCAGGAAAAGAGGCGCAGCAUUGGCCACAAGCUCGUCAGGAGGCUGAGUCUGAGGCCCACAGCCGAGGAGCUGGAGCAGAGAAACAUCCUACGGCAGAAGAACGAAGCUGAGGAGCGAGACGAGGAGAAGAAAGAAAUCAAGCGCAGGCUCUCGAGGAAACUCAGCGAGAGACCCACGGUGGAGGAGCUGCGCGAGAAGAGGAUCCUCAUUCGAUUCAACGACUACGUGGAGGUGGCCGCAGCUCAGGACUACGACCGGAGGGCGGACAAGCCGUGGACUCGACUCUCUUCGGCUGACAAGGCUGCCAUCCGGCGAGAACUCAAUGAGUUCAAGAGCUCGGAGAUGGAGGUGCAUGAGUCAAGCAAGCAGUUUACAAGAUUUCACAAGCAUUGAGUUUCGCUCCGGCGGCCAAGUGCUUCAUCACGCGUCCUUUGGUGAAGCGCACGGCUCGUUCUGCAGUGCAGAAGAGCUGAGGGACAAAAGUGCCGGCGUGAUCCCUACCACUGCAGGGACACGGCAAAGCACAACUCCCCUUGUCGCCAUCAUUCAGGGAUCAUGCCUGCCCUGCGCAGCUACCACUGUGAGCGUGGCAAACGGGUCAUUGGUUUACUACUACUACUACUACGUAGGUUUUUCGCGGUUGUGCAAGUGUUGCCUUCCGAAGUGCUUUCGGGUUGUACCACGUGUUUUGUUCGGCACGUUGUUCUCCGUUUCGCUCCGCGUGCUCCUGCAGAAGCUUCCAGCACACGGAGAGAAACGUCGAACAUUAGGCUGAACAACACGCGGCAAAAUGCAUAAACACAUGGGAGAGGUGAUUGGUUUGACGCUACUUAAAUGUGAAUUCGGUACAGUAGGGUACUUUGAACGUUGGUAUAUUUUAUAUGCAGCUUUCUGUGUACGAUGUGUAUAUUGAUUAAUGUAUACAGUACAUAAGUUAUUAAUUCCUGUAAUUAAAUAAGUGACUGCGCUAAAUAUUACAAAAAAAAUGCGAUUAAACGGCUCGCCCAAUGAUAAGUGUAAAAUAAUGUAUGAAAAAUAAAUGUUAAUCAGCUUGUGUUGCUGCUUCAGCAGAUACAGGUCAUGAAGUAUAAUCCACAAGUGCAAAUGUAUCUCAAGAUAGCAUUGUGAUUGGACCUAUUGCUGCCUGUCCGGUAAUUAAUCACAGGGCUGAAUCAAAGCCUCAUAAGGAAGCAAGUGUCAUUGAACGCAGACUACAAAGUGCUCGGCCAGCGUAUAGCAACAGAUGUUCAACUGAAAUUGGGAUAAAAAAUAAUAAUUCCAUUAAAUUAAUCCACUCUCUGCUAUUAUUUUAUGUAUAUAGAUCGGCAUGCACCUCUUUUGGAGGAUGUUGCCUCAAGAGGAAGUCUUUUUGCUCCGAGCCAGCUGCUAAUGGUGGUGGGGAUGCAUGGCAGCCUCUGCUGGAUUCAGCACAUUUCGAAUGGGUCCUCCAGGUCUGAAUGCAGAUGGAAAACGGCAAUACGAGGAGACACGUGCAGUAAGCACUGGGAAACAAUGAUAUAUCACAAGUGACAUUUUUGUGGAUAUUGGCUCCGCCAAAAAAACUUUUCAAAAAUGAGCCCGCUCCAAUUUUGUUCAAGUGUUCAUGCCGUUCUGUUCCUCUAUGCAAAACGAAAUUUCAAAUGAACGUAACCUCGUGCAAUUUUUGUAUUAAUUUCGGGAAAAAGCCGUUUCUGUUGUACGCACCAUAAUGCUGUCCCAAAGAGAUUACGAUCAUUAAGGCAACAUUGUAUUGUACAGGAUGAUACAAAUUAUAUGAAUUCUAACUUAUAGCAUUGGGUUAUCGGCAGUUGAAGAAGGGACUGAUUAUUUUUGUUAUUAAAGUUACGUUACCAUGGUUAUAAAAAAAAACUUCUGUAGUUAUUUGUUACGCUUCCAGUAAGCACGGUUGGCAACGUACGGUGUGUAAGAAGUUCAACAUAAAUACAUUACAAUAACAUCUGGUGUAUGCAUCUUGUGUGUGCUUGCAUAUAUAGGAGCAGCCUGCAGUGCCAUAUUCUUUACAUUCUUUACAACAAAAUCCGCAUUGCUCUUGCAAAGGAGAUCCAGACUUCCUAUUCUAACCUAUAACCAUUAAAAUUAUUUAUUAUGUAAUGUGUAUAUGCACAUAUCUGACUCGUUACAUUUAUUUACCAUCGAUUCUUGAACGAAUUCCAACAUAUAAGGGGUGCAAUAAUCAUGUAUCGCUUUCUUCAUUCUGAUGGCUUACUAAAAACGUAUUUGGUAUUUGUUUCGUUAAUUUAUCUUUUUUUAAUGAAAAGUACCAAUGCCUAGGUUGUCGUGGCUGUGUUGUGUCGCUUGACCGAUGCUUUUCCGAGUCGAACCGCGUGUUGUUCCGUGCAUUGUCCGACGUUUCGCUCCACGUGCUGAGAACUGAAUAAACUCAGUUCCUCACGCUGAAGAAGCACCCAGCGCAUGGAGUGAAACGUCGGACGUCAUGACGAACAAUACUGAACGUGGCACAACCUGAAAACUCAUCGGAGGGGGGCAAUCAAUGCUGAAGUAACUUGCAACUUACUUCAAAGUCAUGGGAAAUGCGAAAAAGUAUAAAUGCUAUCGUCUAAAUAGUUCCUCAAAAGUUGUCAAUUGAGGCACUCUAAGUUCAACUCACACACCUGGCGUCGCUUCUAAUACAUUCUCACCCAGGUGUCUUCCUUUGAAGUACCGUUCAGUAUACAGCGUGGACUUGAUGUACCGGGCAAAUGUCGUGGUGGGAUUCCCUGCGAAAGGCGUCUUCAAAAUCCACACACCGUUAUUUCAAUGAAGAGCAGAUUCAGCCCCUUCACAGCCUUGUAAUGCACUGGUUCUAACAUUUUAACGUUACUAUCCGUCAAAUGAGAAACGUAGAAAAAAACUACUGGAACCACGAAAAAUUACAAGCCAAUGCGGUAACGUACAAUUCAUCGCUACAGUGGUUGAGUACAAUAGAGCUCUAACCUUGGACUAUCUGGCGCGUUAUGUUCCCGACACAGCUUGGAGAUGCAGCUAACGUCAGCUUUGCUUUUUUUGAGCUGAUAAUUUUUUUUGAGGCACAGUGUGAGGGCCCGUUACAUCGCGUUGUGAUGCACACACACACACCGUCUACAUAAACUAAACCGGUUAUGAAAAGCAGGAGAUAUCAAAGAUGGGAGAACAGACUUGCUGUCCCAAACCAGAUGAGGUUCUCACCAAAAGGGGAAAGGGUCGUUAAUUUUGAGCUGUUUAAAAAAAUAUAUAUUCUGGAAGUAUAUUUGUACAUAAUAAACGUUUUUGGGUAGUCCCCCCCCCCCCCCCCUUUAAAAAAAUUAUGAGUUUUCUCCAAAAAGAACAACAUUAAAUGCGGGACACGAUAUAUCCGCUCCUAUUUAUUUCGGGGACAAACCCGUGGGGGUUACAGACGCGAAUCACUGAAGCCAUAAUACUGCAGAGACACCCCCAGACUCAUCAUACACAAGCGGAAACUCAACCUCCGGGGUUCUGGGAGGUGGGUGGCCCUGCUCGUUUGACACCUGGCACGGCCUGCUACACCUCCCACUCAGCUCGUCGCAGAGUGUUGCUUGAAAACGGUCAAAACAAGACAAUGAAUUUCUUAACUUUCGAUUUAGAGCUUUCGUGACUGCAGGGAUUCAUAUUCUUGGUAGUUUCGGUAAAGUCACG